UCUACCUCCUCUCCCCAGUUUUCAUAACGAAUCACCGAUCGCAAUUUUUUUCCAAGAAAAAAACAGAGACCCAAAGAAAAAACCCCUCUCUCUCUCUCUCUCGCCUCUGAUUUUCGCCGCUUUCUUCGAGUGAUCGUCCAUGGCGGAGAUCGACCACGGACGGGAGCCUCUCGUGGCGCGGGAGAACAAGUUCACGCGCUGUGUCUCCCACGCGCAGGACGAGCUUCAGAGCUUCCGCAAAUACCUCCGAUGGAUGUGCGUCGACCAAUCGAAUCCGUGGACGGCGGUUCUCUCGUGGUCGAUGUUCGUCGUCUUCACCCUCGUCGUUCCGGCGACUUCCCACGUCCUCCUCGCCUGCGCCGACUGCGACAGCCGCCACUCUCGGCGUUACGACGCCGUCGUCGAGCUCUCCCUCAGCAGCGUCGCGAGCCUCUCUUUCCUCUGUCUCUCCAGAUUCGUCAGCAAGUACGGUCUCCGAAGGUUUCUCUUCUUCGAUAAGCUCUGGAACGAGAGCGAGACAGUUCGGCGAGGCUACACCGAUAAGCUCAACACAUCGGUUAAGCUUCUCUCCUACUUCGUGGCCCCUUGUUUCUUAGCAGAAAGCGCGUACAAGAUAUGGUGGUACGGUUCAGGCGCAUCUCAGAUCCCCUUUCUUGGAAACGUUGUCCUGAGCGAUACAGUGGCUUGUCUCAUGGAGCUCCUAUCAUGGCUGUACCGUACGACCGUCAUAUUUCUCGUCUGUGUCCUCUUCCGCCUCAUCUGUCACCUUCAGAUCCUUCGCCUUCAGGACUUUGCUUCACUCUUCCAGGUGGAUUCAGACGUUGGAUCUGUCUUGUCCGAACAUCUCCGCAUCAGACGCCAUCUCAGGAUCAUCAGCCACCGUUUCCGCACUUUCAUAUUGUGGUCUUUGAUUCUUGUAACCGGAAGCCAGUUCACUUCCUUGCUUGUUACCACUAAGGCUUACGCCGAAGUGAAUAUCUACAGGGCUGGAGAACUCGCGCUUUGUUCUAUGACGCUGGUCACAGCUCUGCUGAUUCUGCUUCGGAGUGCCUCAAAGAUCACACACAAGGCUCAGGCAGUGACAUGCCUCGCCGCCAAGUGGCAUGUAUGCGCGACGUUAGAAUCAUUCGAGACGAUGGAUGGCGAGACUCCGAGGCUAGCUUCUCGAGACGCCGCCCCCCAUGGUGUGGAUCCUGAUAUGGGGGACACCGAGAGCGACGAUUAUGGAGACGAAGAAGAUGAUCUUGACAACAACAAUCUCAUCCCUGCUUAUGCUUACAGUACCAUAUCUUUCCAAAAGAGACAAGCUCUAGUGACUUAUUUCGAGAACAACAGAGCAGGGAUCACGGUUUUCGGGUUUACCCUCGAUAGAAGUACUCUGCAUACCAUCUUCGGAAUCGAAAUGUCUCUGGUCCUGUGGCUUCUCGGCAAGACAGUCGGCAUUUCUUGAAGAACAAGAAAAGCUUUCAUAGCCAGAGUGCGCGUGUAUUUGAGAGGGUUCCUGCGUUACAAGAACACACUUUCUGUGAUUGGAUCUGUUUUACUGUAAAUCAUCUGUUUUCUGAUUUGUAGUUGCUUUUUUUGACAGAGGGCUUGUGUUGGGUGGAUGGUUUACUGUAAAUUAGAUUCGUUUUGGAACUCUCGUCUUUUCCUGUCCUAAAUUUGGAAUAAAUUAUUUAAUUUUUCCUA